AUGGAGGACCCGGCUGAGAUCGCCGCCGUGUGUCAGGAGUACGUGGCCUCGCUCGACAAUGUGUCCCACGAGGUCACCCACAUCUUGAAGGAGAUUCAGCACAAGGAUGCCAAAGUUCAGGACCUCCUACCCAAAAUCGCAGCAAGGGAAGGCCAGCUGCGCGAGCUCCUCAACAAGGGCAGUCCGGGCGCACCAGCUUCUGCUGGGGGUACAGCCGCUGGUACAUCAGCACCCAACAACGCCAACGGCGGCGGCCCUUCUUUGCCAUCAGCCCCAAAUGGCGCUACCUCCCCUACAUCACCAACACAGCCCGGCAGUUCAGGGCCUAAUGUCUUCACGGACGCAGACAAGCAGCGCGCAGACCGUCUUCUAGACCGCAUCAAGCACGAGUAUCGUCGAGUUGACGACUUCUCGUCGCAAAAGGAAGCACUAGCACAACGCCUGUGGCGCAUCAUUCACGCGCAUACCGCAAGGCUGCAGGAUACCUUCGAUAAAGUCAGCGAGCCCGUCAUGAAUGUCGCGAGGAGCAACGUAGCGCAGGCUACGGGCUUGAAUCCAUUGAGCUCGACGAUCAGCUCUGCAACGCAGGGAAGCGCUAUUCUCGGGGCUAUCGCAGCUGCGUUUGGUGCAGGUGGGCCCGGGGCCGUAGGGGUUGGAGCGAUUGGCGGAUCAGGAGGCGGUGUAGGAGCGAGACUUGAUGAGCCAGCCGGCAUGAAGCGCAAGGGCGGACUAGGUGGUAUGGCAUCGCCUGCGGCCGCAAGUGGCUCUUCUUCGCGACUGGUUGGCACACCAGCACGAGGACGUGGUGGUGCAUCGUUGGAGCGCACUACGCCAGGCGCGGCAGGUUCCCCUGGUGCGGACUCACCCUCACGCGGCUAUGGCUCCUCGCAAGCCACGUAUGGAUCAGGAGGCAGCGCUGGUCGACCGCGCAAGUCCGGUUUGGGAGGCAACAAGGCUCGCGGCGGUAGUGUCGUAGGCAACUCUGCCCUCUCCAACGUCUUUUCCGCCUUCGAUGAGGGAGCCGGCGGGGAUGACGACUCCAGCCUCGCUCGUCGCGGCGGUUCCGCAGGAGCUUUCGACGAUGGCGUCGGCGGUACUCUUGGAGACAUGGGCGGCGCAGCAGGCGAUGAAGACCGCGACGAGACGCUGUACUGCUUCUGCCAGAAGAUCUCCUACGGCGAGAUGAUUGGUUGCGACAGCGAAAACUGCCGCUACGAGUGGUUCCACCUCGAUUGCGUGGGAGUCCACCCACCUUUGCCGGAGCAGUGGAUCUGCUCGGACUGCUUGGCCAGGCAGGCGGAAGAGGAAGAGACCAAGAAGAAGGCGAGCAAGGACAAGGCUGUCAAGAAGGAGAAGAAGGAGAGGGACGGGAGUGCCGAUCCUGGAGCCUCGAGGGGAAAGAAGGAGGGAAGCAAUGGGCCAGGCGCGAAUAAGAGGAGAAAGAAGAACUGA